CUUGUGUGUACGUCAGCGCGUGAGGAAAUGGCGGCCGCGGCGAUGGCAGGGUCUGUGGCGGACCACCCGCUCCUCACGGAGGCCAAGAAGAUGGAAUAUUUCUCCUCCAUCAACUCCAUGGCGCGUAAGAUUGUGGAGGAGAGGGAGAAGAUAAAGGAGAGGCACGGUUCUGCCUGGGAUCAGAUGAGUCCGGGCGAACAGGACACGGCGAUAGACAACGGGAUGAUGGACCCGCGGAUCCGGGCUCGGUACGCGAUGCACCGGGUGGAGCGAGAAGAGCUGAUCUGCUUCCCGAAACUACUGCUCCAGACCGGACAGAAGACCGUUCACUUCGGAGAAGAGGACUUAACUUGGCUAGAUGAGCACUCGGCUCCCUUCUCUUGGGAGACCAAGAGUCAGAUGGAUUUCAGCAUCAUCUCCGGUGCUCCAGAACCGGCCGUUCCCUCCUCAGCUAACGAAUCCAAACCCAAGCCCUCUCAGAAUACCAAGCUGCCCAGCAAUGACGAGUCGUCCUUCUGGAAGAUCAGUGCUGAACGCUCGCGGCUAGAGGGCGAGAAGGCUGAGUUUCAGUCUCUGACGCCCAGCCAGAUCAAGUCUCUGGAGAAAGGAGAGAAGCCUUUGCCGUCAUACCUGAGGUCAGAGUCUGGGCCGAGGGAGUCAGAGGAUGCGCCUGCCUCGCGGCCGGUUCAGCAGAGAAUCACCAAACCUCAUGCCCCUCCGCCCCCCGUUCCCAUCAGCGUGACCCCUGUGGCGAUCAGCGUGACCCCGACACCUCCUGCUCCCGUGUCGUCCUCAGAGGAAGGCUGGGAAAGGGCCCAGAGCACUCUUCCUUCUGUAAGCACUAUGGAGGAUGUGUUCAGUCCUGGUCUGGUCACCAGGUCUUCCUCUCAGUCCAACAGCACAGUCAAAGAUGCCGACAAGGCAGAAAGUCCUACCUUCUCACAGUUUAACACAAGCAGUAAUAUCCUGAAGACUGGAUUUGACUUCUUGGACAACUGGUAACGCUUGAAUAUCCCGAAGAACCCAUUCCAGAUGACAGCACCUACAAGCACCACAAACCCAACACUACAGAACACUUUCCUUUUAAAUCCAAACGCUUUAGUAGUUUAUUUCUAGUGCAUCAAUAUCUCUACGACUGUAUUAAACUGUAUCUCACUGGUUACUGUUACUGAAAGCGUGAGCUAUGAUACAACGGGUAGGCUUUUUCUUUAGUUGAUUUCACACUUGGUACAUUUGCUCGAGUCAGAACCCUUUGGCUCUACUCUCCUGGCCCUGGUGAUCUGCUUUCCCACUGUUAUUGUUAUUCUAAACUGUGGUAUGUUGUGCAAAAAUUCUUUCACUUUCAACAUUAGAACCACCAAAAGCGGUUUAUCCCAUGUAUCCAGGCAACAAAGUUUGAAAUCUUUAAAGUUGCAGAACAGUGUUUUGAUUUUUGUUACUACCAAAAUGGCACGAUAUACUUAAUUAGUACCAGCCCGCUUCUGGAUUGCAUUCCCAUCAACCACAAACCAUACUGUGGUUCACAUGAAAACAAACCCAAAACCACGUUUUCAGACUCCAAAACAAGUGCGUGUUUACAGAAGUUUGGAAGAUGCAUUAAUCAAACAAGCCAGAACUCCGAUCCACACUAAAUCCACUAUAGUGUGAAUGCCACAUCACCGUCACUGCCAUCAUUUUGUAUCUAUAUUUAUCUAGACCUCAAUACUAGUGUUAAGAUGCUUCACUGUACAUUUAUUAGUAAGGACCUAAAUGAGACACCGUAGCGCUAGCAUGGUUUUGAAGAGAUGUCUUGCGCCUUGCUUGUUUUGUAGGCCUUUUAUAUGCGUGCUACUUUCAUUGUAUGCGUUGAAAUGAAUCAUUGACUUUUCUCCUCAUUCUCCUAAAUGCUUCCUUUCUUUGUCCCUUAACCCAGUACACCAGAGGUGGCUUAGUAACUUAAAGCAAUAGUUCAAAUCUCCAUUCGUUGUUGGGCCCAUACUCCAUGCAAAUACGGCAAAUGUGGGUGCAACAUUAAAUGGGUGUUAUUGCAUUACUGCGGCAUCAACGAACUCCAGAACUCAAGGGGGCGAUAGAGUUAGCUGAAACUGAAUGUUUUAUUGUUCAGGUCAGCUGAAUAGUUGAAUUAACUUGCUGAUCACUUGCGUUUGAUGUUUUUCAGAAUGCUUGAUUUUGGAUGUUUAAAAUCGACGCCAGAAGCAUUCACGUACUUGUCUGUUGCAUGAUGCAGGGCUAAACUAACUAGGGUUCAAGGGUAGGAAUCAUUUUUGGAGCUUUGUUGCGAGAUGUUUUUGUUGAAUAUGAAAUGCAUGGCCUGGAGCCAGUAUUUAUGCAUUCAUAUAUCUGUAAUGGAAGAGAAGUACAAUAAAAGAGGUACACUAAC